UCAUUUAGCCGGAAGUGACUCUUGAAUCUUUAUUUGCAGAGGAGCGCUUGUCCCGUUAUUCUUUGGAAUUAUUAUUAAAACAUUUUAUAUAUAUAGAUUUUUUUUUUCGAGGAAGCAGAUGACUUAUUUCAGUGAAAUAGCCAAAUCCACGUGUGGCAUUUCCGGCCAGUCUGUACAAAUGUCAUGAAUAUGGUGUAAAAGGAAGAAGAGAGUUUUCCAGUCGGUAUUGUAAGGCGAUUUUUUUCUCCAUAAUUAAUAACCACCGGGAGGAAUUUCUCAGUUUUAUCAAACGCAAGUAUGUCAGGAAAACACUUUAACGUGCACGAAGUGGGUUGUUGCAUCAAAUACUUCAUAUUUGGAUUUAACAUUAUAUUUUGGCUGCUCGGGGUGGCGUUCCUGUCUGUGGCUCUUUGGGCCUGGAGUGAGAAGGGGGUUCUUUCCAACAUCUCCUCCAUCACAGAUCUGGGCGGGUUUGAUCCGGUGUGGCUGUUUCUCGUGGUGGGUGGGGUGAUGUUCGUGCUCGGCUUCGCAGGAUGCAUCGGAGCUCUGAGGGAAAACUCCUUCCUUCUUAAGUUUUUUUCCGUUUUUCUGGGAAUCAUAUUUUUCCUGGAGUUGACAGCGGGAGUCUUGGCCUUUGUCUUUAAAGACUGGAUUAAAGACCAGCUCAAGUUCUUCAUCAACAACAAUAUUAGAGCCUACAGAGACGACAUUGACCUACAGAAUCUCAUCGACUUCACACAAGAUUAUUGGGAGUGUUGUGGAGCUUUUGGGCCUGAAGACUGGAAUCUGAAUAUUUACUUUAAUUGUACUGAUACUAAUCUGAGCAGAGAGAAAUGUGGGGUUCCCUUUUCCUGCUGCACCAAGGACCCUGCUGAGGAUGUGAUAAACACACAGUGUGGAUAUGACAUUCGAGCGAAAGGUGAAAAUGAACAGAAGACCUUUAUACACACGAAAGGAUGUGUACCGCAGUUUGAGAAAUGGUUACAGGAGAAUCUAACCGUAGUUGCGGGAAUCUUUAUAGGAAUUGCACUUCUGCAGAUAUUUGGGAUCUGUCUGGCACAGAAUCUUUUGAGUGACAUUGAGGCGGUCAGGGAGAGCUGUUUGUUCACCUGAAGCACUCGAGCCAUUCUGCUGACAGAGCUUCCAUCUCUAUUACUCGGCAACAGGGUUGGCACAUUGUCAUCACAGUAUCCUAGCAACCAGCGAGGGAUUCCAUUCGCAUACCUCCUUUAUUACAUUGUACAGCGACAUCUUCAUGUUUCCAUGAUAAUGGUGUCCAAUGGUAGAUCUGCUUUUAACCCUUCUUCAAGUGCAAAAUCAACAGUAUUAACACAAUGAGUCUACACACAACUCAUUUGUCAUUAUUAAGCCUUUAAGAAACACUUAAAAGAAUGGUUGACCCAACACUGAAUAUUGGUUGAAAAUUUUCUCACCCUUAGGUCAUCCAAGAUGUAGAUGAGUUUUUCUUUCUUCAGAACAGAUUUGGAGAAGUUCAGCAUUACAUCACUUGCCAAUUUACCAAUUUAUGAAAGUCGUGUGUUUGUAAAAAAAACAAAAACAAAUCCAUCAUUAAGGUGUUUUAACUUUAAACCAUUGUUUCUAGCCAAAAUACAAGUAAGUAUUCCAUAAUAAUGCGUCAAAAGACAUUAAUUGAUUGACUGGAGUCGUGUGGAUUAUUGUGGUGUUUUUAUCAGCUCUUUGAACUCUGAUUCUGAUGGCACCCAUUUACCGUCCAUUUCAGCAAAUGUUCAUUUUUGGGUGAACUGUUCCUUUAAGGCCACUUGCAUUGUGUCCUUACUGUGUUUUCUUGUUUAGUUUUUUUGACUGUUGGUCUAUGUAUGUGGCAGAUGAACAUAUUGGGUAAAUAAUAAAUAAUUCCAUUCCAGAUGAUCACACUACAAUUGUUCAAUUGGGCAGAAAUAACAUUCAAGAUCAGUAUUUAUAGAUCAUUAUUAGUACUUAGUGAGUUGGUGCACUUUUUUCUGCAUUUUCUGCACUGUUUGUGGGGGGUGGGGGGGGGGGGUGUCAUCUGCAUAAUUGUGUAGAAUGUAUUUAAAUGAUAAAAUGAUAAAAUGUGUUUGUCAGUGCUAUAAGAGUACUAUGGUAGCUGAAAACAUGAUCGAAUUAGGAUGAAUAUUUAUUACUUGAGGGGUAUGUGUAGAAUUCUGUGAAUAACUAGCAUUCUGUGGAAAUCUGGUUCUGUGCAGACCCAGUUUUAGUGAGACCGUAUUAGCUGCAGAUUGUGCUAAAUGAAGAGUACUGUCUGCUUAACACUACAUGGGUGUUUGACUCACCUUAUGACUCUUAAACUACAUAAUUCAUUGAGACUAUUUGUUUAUUUUGUUCGUAUUGCCAGAUUGUGUGUUUAUAUUACCAGUAUAAUGGAUUUUAUAAAACAGUUGCUUUUGAAACUAAGGGAAAAUGCACGGCAUGCUUUUUGGAAUAACACUACAUUUUUCCAGUGUGUUCCGCUAUAUGAAGGUAUUUUUGUGAAUAGUUAUGUUGACCUGUACUGGAUUUUGAAAUUAUAGCCACUGUGUAAGCAAUGUUGUCACUAGAAUGUUUUAAAACAUUAGCACUGAGAUUUUGCCAUGUAAGACAAAAUCUACCAAACUGGAUAUAUGGGUGAAUUUUAUGUCAAAUAACACGUCUAUGUCGCGUUUCACCAAAAACAGCAAACAAAAAACGUAUAUAUAUAUAUAUAUAUAUAUAUAUAUAUAUAUAUAUAUAUAUAUAUAUAUCUUUAUAUUGGAGUAUUUGUUAUAUUCUCUUUAAUUUAUGAGAAUUUACUAAAAUUGUAUCCACAGUAUAAUUUUCAAUAUAUGAAUUGCAAAAAACAAUGAUAAUGGUUAUUAUUAAUUUAUUAGGGGUGUUCCUGUAGCUGAGACAGUAAUUGAACUAAUAAAACUUAUUCCUUCCAUUUCAUUCAAAGAUGAUUUUGAUGAAAGUUAUCUGCCAAAUGCAUAAAGAUAAAUGGGGUUGACUAAAACUGGGACAUGUUAUCAUGAGAUUCACCCGUAUAUACGAUAAUUCUGAAAUAUUUCCGAAAUCAUGGCGCCUUUGUCAGAAAGAUGACUAGAAUGUUUUGCGUUGAUUGUGAAACGAAAUCUGCAGUUUUAAUAUGAAAAUCUUAAUCUUUUUUUUUUUUUUGUAACCUAACAUGAAUUUUUGCCAAGGGUCUGGCUUAAAACUCAUAGCUUAAACAUUUUUGACUGCAAGUGCCAUAAAAGUAAUAUUAAAUAAAUAUUGGCAUAUUUUCUCAAAAAACUUUUGUGAUAAAAAAAAUUAACUUGUUGGCGGUGUAUCACCAACAUUUUUUAUUAUCAGAUUAAGAUUAUUAACAUGUUAUUGUUAUAUUUAUCUAGGCCUUUAAUAUAAUUAUUAAUAAUGGCAAAAAAAGGCUUUAUUUGAAGACAGAUAUUUUAAGCUGGAUCUAUGUUUCUUAUUUGGUCUGCAAGUUCUUUUUGUUUGUAUUUCGUUCUAAUUUUCUCUCAUUUAAUGUUCUGUGUCAUUUCUUGAUAUUAAUUUUACAUUACCUUAUUUAAUAAAUACAAUAAACACUUUACAUUAUUUCCCAAGAUGGUGUUAUUAGAAACAAUAAAUUUGAUAUGUUUCUGUAUGUGUGUAAAGCCUGUGUCUAUGUCUGUGCCUCUUUUCUAGACCCUACUAAUUAACAAUAAAGUGUUAUCAAUUGUC